UUCAACACUAUCUCAGUAGAAGACAUAACCUUACAUUUGAAACCAAACAUAAACCUUUGAUUUAUGUUAUCAGAUUCUUAUAAACCAUGGCCUUUAGCUUCUCUUUUCUUACAUUCUUGGUGAAAAAGAUUCUGAAUUUCUGUAAGCAAAAGCACAUGGCAGAAGGAACGGACCAUCUCCGUCUCCAAGUUGUCUUAGAAGAGAACUCGGAUUCAAGGGGAAUUCGCUUUACAGGUGGACUAGAAGAAGAUGAUUGUGAAGAGAAAAAAGAUGACGGUAACGAAAAAAAAGAUGAUAAUGACAACUCAAAGGAGGGUCUUUUUAUCAUCUUUAUAGGGUUAAUUGCUGCUUGCAUUUUGGUUCUUUUAAUCGCUAGCUUGACAGUGAACAGAUUAAAGAAUUCGAAAAUUUGGGUCUUUGAAUUGUGGAAAUGGUGUUCAUUACUGUUAGCUGUCCUUGGAGGUGGAGUGAUUGCAUACCAAUUCAGACUUGUCAUUGAUUUCUUGAUUUGGAAAUUCUGGGCCAAGAAAAAAUCACUCCACGCUUAUUAUUUGUAUGGAAUCAAGAAGAGUUUUCUAGCUUCUAUUUGGUUGAUCUGGGUUUUUCUCGCUUGGAUCUUGUUUUUUGAUCGGGGGGACAAGCCAAGCGAGGAUGCUAGAGAAAUUACAAAUGAUGUUACUAGGGUUCUUGCAGGUUUCCUCAUUGGAGAUGCUAUAUGGUUAACGAAGACUUUAUUGGUUCAGCUUGUAGCUUCUUUCCAUGUCAAGAAUCUUUUUGAGAAAAUUCAAAAUGCAAAAAGUAAGCGCGAGGCCCUGAUAGCCAUUUUUAAGAAGACGAAGACUAAUAGUGUGGAAACCAUGAAAGAAUUCAUUGGCACCAUUAGCGGAAAGCAGCUGCCUGAACUCUGGUACAGCGAGAAGGGUGAAAAGAUAAAAAAUGUCGCCGAAGCAAAGAGAGCUGCCAAUGAGAUUUUCACGAAGUUUGCAGAAAAUGAAAAGUACAUCAACUUGGCAGACGUAUUGACAUAUGUGAGAAUGGACAACCAGCAAGUGCGUCAGCAUUUCCAAGCAGCAGCAGAAGAUACAGAUAUAGAGAGGAUCAAGAGAUCAGCUUUCAGGAAAUGGGUGGUUGAAGUGUACCGGGAGUAUGAGUCGCUGAAUAGCACCUUGAAGUAUAGGAAAACAGCUGUUGACGAGCUGAACAAGCUCGCUUCUAUGGCGGUGCUUCUUUUGAUCAUUAUAGUGUGGUUACUUUUCAUGGGAUUUAUAACAACACAGAUGCUAAUCUUCAUAACUACACAGUUGUUACUAGUGGUUUUCAUGUUCGGUAACACUGCCAAGACUUUGUUUGAAGCCAUUAUAUUCGUCUUUGUCCAGCAUCCAUUUGAUGUUGGAGACCGCUGCAUUAUUGAUGACGUACAGAUGGUUGUUGAGGGCAUGGAAAUAUUAACAACCUCGUUUCUGAGAUAUGAUGGUGGGAAAUUGUACUAUCCUAAUUCGGUUUUGGCUACAAAACCUAUCUACAAUCUUUACAGGAGUCCAACGAUGAUGGAUUCUGUGGAAUUUGACAUCUCUCGUUCUAUUUUAAAAGAUGAUGACAUGCAAAAAUCCUUGCGAAAAAAAAUAAAAGAGUACUUGAAGAAAAACUCGAGGUACUGGCUUGAAGAACAUAGCUUGCAAUUCAAGGGGAUUGAGAGUGAGCAGAACAAGUUAACAGUGGCUUUACAUGUUAACCACACCAUAAGUUUCCAUUAUGCUACACAGAGAGGGAAAAGAAGAUCUCAACUAGUGUUAGGGAUAACCAAAAUCUUAGAUGAUCUUCGCAUUAGAUCCACUAUUAUAAUGACUGGAACCAGCCAUCCUGGAGCAUCUACAUCUUAUUCAACGCAAACUGACCCAUCUUCUCGGGCCCAUAAAAGAAUGGCAAAUGGCCUGGAUAAACCACAGGUCUUUGCUCCAAAGUGGAAGUAACUAUUGAAUAUUUAUUUUUGUUUCCCUUCUUAAUUAUGUAAUGCAACAAUUAUUUAAUAUUUUAAAAAUUAUAAGACUAUAUGUAAUGCAAUAUUUAUUCUAAUA